AUGGAAGCAGCCGACGAUCAGCGACCGCAGCCGCAGCUGGAGAUGCCGCAGCACGACAAGGCGUACACAUUCGCCGCCGCCGAGGAGAUGGCGACCACCACCACCACCAAGACGAAGCAGCUCUCCGAUGAAUCCGACGCCGGCGAGCCAGAGGAGAACUACCGCGGAUGGAAGUCAAUGCCCUACGUCAUAGGGAACGAGACGUGCGAGAAGCUGGGCACCAUCGGCACCACGGCCAACCUGCUGGUGUACCUCACCACCGUCUACGGCAUGACGGGCGCCAGCGCCGCCACCUUGCUCAGCCUCUGGUCGGGCACCGUCAGCAUGGCGCCGCUCCUGGGCGCCUUCCUCAGCGACAGCUACCUGGGCCGCUACACCACCAUCGCGCUCGCCUCCAUCGCCUCCUUCCUCGGCAUGAUCAUCCUCACCCUCACCGCCGCCGUGCCGUCCCUCCACCCCGCGGCUCAUCCCAAACCCACCACCAGGCCGUCGUCGCUCCAGAUGGCCGUGCUCCUCGCCUCCUUCGCGCUGCUCGCCGUGGGCGCCGGCGGCAUCCGCCCCUGCAACCUGGCCUUCGGCGCGGACCAGUUCGACCCGCGCACCCCCGCGGGCCGCCGGGGCAUCAACAGCUUCUUCAACUGGUACUACUUCACCUUCACCAUCGCCAUGAUGAUCUCCGCCACCGUCAUCAUCUACCUCCAGAGCAACGUCAACUGGGCGCUGGGGCUCGCCGUGCCGGCCACGCUCAUGGGCCUCUCCUGCGUGCUCUUCUUCAUGGGCACGCAACUCUACGUCCGAGUCCGGCCCGAGGGCAGCCCUUCACCAGCUUCGCACAGCAGCCUCGUCUCCAAGAUCGCGUACACCGACCAGUUCCUCUGCCUCGACAAGGCCGCCGUGCGCACCCCUGACGACGACGCCAACAACCCCAUCAACCCAUGGCGCCUCUGCACGCUGCAGCAGGUGGAGGAGGUCAAGUGCCUGGCGCGCCUGUUCCCCGUCUGGUCCUCCGGCAUCGUCUACUACAUCGUGCUCACCAACCUCGGCAACUACAACGUGCUCCAGGCCAUGCAGACCGACCGCCACGUCGGCCGCGGCAGCUUCCAGAUCCCCGCGGGCUCCUUCGUUGUCUUCAACAUGCUGGCGCUCACCCUGUGGCUCCCCUUCUACGACGGCGUGCUCGUGCCGGCCAUGCAGCGCCUCACCAAGCGCGAGGGCGGCAUCACCCAGCUGCAGCGGAUCGGCGUCGGGAUCGUCCUCUCCAUCGUCACCAUGCUUGUCGCUGCCGCCGUCGAGAGACACCGCCGCAGGGUCGGCGACAGCACCUCCUGCUUCCUGCUCGUGCCGCAGCAGAUGCUGGCCGGCCUCUCCGAGGCGUUCGCCAUCAUCGGACAGGUCGACUUCUACUACAAGCAGUUCCCGGAGAACAUGCGCAGCGUCGCGGGGGCGCUGCUAUCCCUGGGCUUCGCCAUAGCCAGCUACGCCAGCGGGCUCAUGGUCAGCGUCGUGCACGGGACCACGGGCGGCCGCGACGGACGCCCCGACUGGCUGGCGCAGGACCUCAACCAGGGACGCGUCGACCUCUACUACCUGCUCAUCGCCGCCAUGGCGGCCGUCAACCUCGUCUACUACGUCGUCUGCGCGCGCUGGUACAGGUUCAAGAAGCCGGCAGCCGCCGACGCCGACGUGGAGCUGGAGCUGGAGCUGGAGGGAAAGGCCGCAGCGCCUCCUGUCUGA